AUGUCGCGCCCUUCCCGCGACCACGAGGAGCUCCUCUCUGCGCUCGACAAAACGUUCUCCAAGUACUUCGAGGAAAGGGACGAUCCCACCAAGGGAAAGAGUCCCGAAAACAAGUUCUGGGGCACGUACAUGCGGGCGAUGCAAGAUGAGGAUGAACAGCGGCCGAGGGACUGGGAUGGUAACACGGGCAGCAUAUUGACCUUUAGUGGCCUCUUCGCUGCGACCGUGGCGGCAUUCGUGAUCGAGAGCUACCACUCGCUUUCACCGGACUCGGGAGAUCAGACUGUCCUUCUUCUCGCACAUCUAUUGAAUGCAACUACGAAUUCCACGUCAGACGCGGUCGUGAAUGUGGUAUCCGCCGAACCGUUUCAGUUAUCGGCUUCGGCCGUUCUCGUGAAUAUCCUAUGGUUCUGCAGCCUCUUGAUCGUAUUGGCGUGCGCACUUCUUGCCACCCUUGUCCAGCAGUGGUCUCGCGACUACACUCGAGACAUCAAAAGACGAGACGUGCUGGACGAGAGCCUCGUCAGCCGAGCCUAUAACCACGUGUACAUCCGCAUGGGCGUUGAUCGCUACGGGAUGGAUGAAGUCGUCAAUCUGCUUGUUUCCCUCGUGCAUCUUUCUGUCAUUCUCUUUGCUAUCGGACUGAUGUUGUUCCUGUUUCCAAUCAACUCUGCUGUCGCAUGGUGCUCGUUGUUUGUGUUGGCCGUGUUCGGGAUCGCAUACUGUUCGGCGAGCUUGCUCUCGAUCUUUGACACCAGCUGUCCGUACAGAACGCCAUUGACAUUACCCUUGUCUUUCGGCCAUUGGUUACUCGGUCGCCUGUCUCACUCUGUCCGCGUCAUGUUGAGACAGGGAGAUUUCUCACCGUUGACCGAGGCCGUGUUGGAUUGGUGUUACGGCGUGUUGCCUCCUGCAUCAACGCAGUUGAUCCCCAAAAGGCGUGCGGUGUACCCGCACACAGAAGACGACGCGUUCCUCUCCGUUGUGCGCUUCAGGUUCGCGUGGUUGCAUACCAGCCGUCAGAUGCUUGACUCAGACCUUAAGAUCCUUCUCCAGUUCGUGAUGGCGAAGUUGGCGUCUAUGCCGGAGAUGCCGCGAGAAGAAUGCAUACGUCAUCUUGAGCGUGAUGAACAGCUCAAGUCUCGUUUUCAGCCCAUCGGCUCGUGCUGGCCCGGAACGGUGGACUAUGAAGCUGACGUUGUGGGUUACCAGAUGUGCUGUAUCCUGUUCCAGAGGUUCUACGACGGAUACUUAGAUGCGAGUCUCUAUGAGCGGGAUAAUGACGCCUUGAUGGGCUAUCUACGCGGCGUCAUGUCGGGCUCAACGACCUCAUCUAUCACUAUGCAUAGUGCGAUGUACGCCCUUCUAACGCGCAUGUGUCUCUUCUACAUGCGAUGGUACCUACUCCUUGUUCUCUCCGAUGCGGACGAAGAAGAGUCUAUAGCGGGUCAGGAUGUCAUUCGGAUGAUGUCCUACAUCUACCCGGACCAUGAAAGAACGGAGGUUCACGAGAUAGAUGGAUUUGGUCUGCGAUCAUACCCCGAGUCCAUCGGCCAACCCUAUACACUAUUGCAUAUUCUCAACUCCUGGACAGUGAACUCAAUGGAUUCUGCCGGACAUAGAGACUAUGGUGAGACGGAGGAGAAUGCGCGAUCCUGUUUGAUCCCUCUUCACGAUGAUGCAUGCUGUAGGCGAAGCGAUGCCAUGCGUCACGCUGCAGCUUGCAACGUCCUCACAAUGAUUGCGCACCUCAUCCACGCCCCGGAGCAUGAGAGGAUGCAGUUUCUGCGACAGAGAAAGGAGUAUGAUAACCUGCUCAAUCACGGCGCUUCGCCCUUCGUCGAAUGGAUCAACGAAGUCGAGGUAAGAGACGAUGAGCGCCAGCAAGCUCCGUCUACCGAGUUCCUUGUCGUCCUUCGCAAUGCAAGGCUAGAGCCGUGGUUGAAUCCGGGGAAUGACUUCAGUUAUGUGCCGCCGUACAGUCAGAGCGUGGGACGUCUCAUGCGCUCCAAGAUCUCAAAUCGCGAUGUCAGAGACAGUAUCUCGUUUCCACCUACUAGUACCACCAUCACUACAAUCGCAGAUGUCCUCCGUGCGCUUGCUCGCCGUGUCAACUUCAAGAUUCUUCCGCUUCAGUCAGAACAUCGAGAGCCUCCGGCAGAUCCUGAUCCAGAGGUUGGCGCUGACCUCGAUUCGGACUUUGACUCUCAAGGAGGAAGUGCGUCUGGAUCGUCUUCCGAUCCUGUUCUCGGGUCGUUCGCGGAGUACCCAGCAAUUCACUUGUCUGCAGGCUCUCAGACGACAUCACGUUCUGACGGCGCUGCAGCCAUGAUUACUUCCUCAGUACAGUCGAGCUCGCACUCGCGAUCUCAGUCAGUAAUGUCUCAAUCACAUCCGCUCGCCAUCGCUUCUCUUGAAGGGCCCACAGUGGCGACUGCAGAUGCACGUGCCCGGGAAUCACCUACGUCUCUCGCACACGUAUCGGUCUCCAGCAAUGCUGUGCCCUCGAUAGAACCUUCCCUAACUCACGAAGAGAAAGCACCGGCAUCUACACCUACAGUUGCUCAUGUCAUGCUGACCCCCGAGCCUCCACGCUUGACUGGUUCCGGUGUCCAUGAAGCUGAAUCAGAGCAACUUACCGGGACAAUGAGCUAUGCUGCAGAAAUGCAGCGCGAAUUGGCACCAACGCAAACCGAUACCGAGAAGCAGUUCACGGCUGCGUCGAAAACAUUGCACGAGAACUCGAGCGAGGGUCCUGUGUCCUCUUCCAUUCCUCAAAGUGACACAGCGUUGUCUGUUGUCGAGGCGCGGGCUGGUACCCCGAUCGACUCAGACCUAGAGCAGACUACUGGAAACUCCGUCUUCGGAGGAUCAUGUCUCACGAUCGCGCAGAAGACAGCCCAAGACUAG